AUGAUGAAAACAUGUCCAUGGAUUUGUAUUGUUUUCCAUAUCAUAUUAUCUUUCAACCUACCAACAAAUGGAGAAAAUAUUCUUGUUUUUGCACCAUUGCCCAUUAAAAGCCAUUUUGGUGGUUUUCAAGCUCUUUUCCGAGAAUUGGCUUUUAGAGGUUAUAAUGUCACUGUCAUAAGUUUUUUUCCACUUGAUAAGCCUAUUAAAAAUUAUAAUGAAAUCGUUAUACCAUUCAAUAAAUCAUUCGAAACAACAAUUCCACCAAUGAUUAUGACUGGAAGACAUUUUUUAACUGUCAUACCGUUAUCGUGGUAUUUUACAGUUAAAAGAGCUUAUAAUGUUCUUUCAAGUACAGUUCUUCAAGAGUUUAUUCAAAAUGAUGAUUCUAAAUUUGAUUUAGUGUUAGUAUUUACAUUUGGCCAAUCAUAUUGCGUGACAUUAGGUCACAAAUAUAACGCACCUAUUAUAAAUUUAAAUGUUUUGAUGCUAUGGCAAAGCAAUUCUAAAUGGAUAGGUGAGCCUUCAACGUACUCUUACAUACCUGAUGCUAGAGCAGGUGUAACCCCAAAAAUGUCGUUUACUGAAAGAAUAAAAAAUAGCAUAAUAGGCUUUUUGCAACUCUAUCCCGAAGAUUUUAUACAUUUACCAAAGUAUAAAGAUAUAAUGGAUACUUUCUUCAAAUAUCCUGGUUGGGAAACUAGACCUUCAAUGGAGGAUAUGUUGAAAAAUGUUUCUUUAACUUUAGUUAAUGCUCAUUUCAGUGUCGGGAUAACGAGGCCAUAUUUACCUGGAACCGUCGAAGUUGGAGGACUUCAUAUUAAAGAGGCAAAGCAACUGUCUGGAAAAUUUUUAGAAUUCAUUGAGUCUGCAGAGCACGGAGUGAUAUACUUUAGUUUUGGUACAAUAGUAAAUCCCGUAUUACUUCCCAAAGAAAAAAUACAAGUUUUUGUCAACGUAUUUAAGAAACUCAAACAAAAGAUUAUGUGGAAAUGGAAAGGAGAAAUACCUUUUAACCUGUCAGAUAAUGUGAUGCUAAGGGAAUGGUAUCCACAAGAAGAUAUUUUAGGUCAUACAAACAUAAAAUUAUUUAUUACCCAUGGAGGUUUACACAGUCUUGAAGAAGCAUCAUAUAAUGCCAAACCUCUCAUUGGUAUACCAUUUUUUGGUGACCAACAUAUGAACAUGCGAAUUGUAGAAGAAAAAGGUUUUGGUAAAAUGAUUGAUAUACAAACAAUUAACGAAGAGUCUCUUCUGUCUUCCAUAAUUGAAGUUCUUGAGAAUCCCAAAUUCAAAGAGAACUCUAUUCGACAAAGUUCAUUAUACAAAGAUCAAGAAAUGAAACCUAUUGAUCGAGCAGUUUAUUGGGUAGAGUAUGUAAUUCGUCAUAAAGGCGCUAGUCAUUUGAAAAGUAAAAGUGUCGAAUUAAAUUCAAUUCAGUAUUUUCUUAUAGAUAUAUUAGUAGUUUUCUUAAUUAGUGUAGCAAUUAUUUUAGUGACUAUAUAUAUAGUUUUUAUAACUUUAAAAUAUACAUUUAUUUUUAAAACAAAAAAUGACUAAACCAGAAAUGUUUUAUGUGUACAAUUAUGAUAAAUAAUGUCUUCUCUAGUGAUAAAUAAGUAUAAUAUAAUCAAAUCAAAUAGUAUAAUAUAAUCAAUCAAAAAGCAUGUAAGUUAUUGUAUUUAUUUAAACAAUAAUUGUUAUAAAAUUAUAUAAAUAAAAAUUAUUUUUAUAACCAUUUUA